AUGAUUAUGAUGAUGAUGAUGAAGAAGGAGGAACGUUUGGCCAGGACUGUAGCGGCCCGCAAGAAGCCGCUAUCACCGUUUGCCAAGUUUCGUGAACUCGACAGACAAAAUAGCGCCGCUUCGUCACCGAGUCCCGUAAAGUCACCGGCAACAGAGUUUCGAUUCAAGUUUACCGAGCCAGCGGUGAGGGACAACGCGGCCCAAAUAAAAGAGAGGCUACUGGCGUGGUGCCGUUCCAAGACCAAAGAGUACGAGAACGUGCAGCUGGACAACUUCUCCACAAGCUGGAACAACGGAUUGGCAUUUUGCGCUUUGCUCCACCACUUCAGACCGGAAGCAUUCGACUAUAAUUCCCUGCGGCCGGAGAACCGCAGAAUCAACUUCGAUUUGGCGUUUAGUAAAGCCGACGAACUUGCCGGCAUCGUACCGUUGCUUGAUGUCGAGGACAUGGUGAUGAUGCGAAAACCGGACUGGAAGUGUGUCUUCACCUACGUGCAGUCCAUCUACCGCCGCUUCAAGGACGAGGAUUAG